GCAGCCUAGAAUUUUAUAAAAUACUCCUCUCCGAGAAAUUCAAACAUUAGUUGCAAGAUAUUUUUUUUCCAGAGUUGCGCGUUUAUUCUGCUUAAGGAUGGAUAUUUUAGAAGGAGACGCUGGACGAGAACGCCAUUUCGUGUUGCAUAUUAUGAGCUUUGUUUAUGGACUAGGGCUCAAGCCUUUACAACAUUCUCUUCAAAAAAUGCUUGAUAAAUAUCCAAGAGAGUAUGAAAGUUAUUGCACUAAGAAUAUUACUCGAGCUUUAUUGAUUUACAUCAGUGAUUAUAUGGAAUCUAAGGAAACUCUAGUUGAUCUCACUUCUCCAGCAUAUCAAGACCAAAUUGAAGAUCUUUCAGAUAUGUAUAGUCCUUUCGAUUUCUUGAGAUUUUUGGCUCUCUACGCUUUAAAAUCUAGAUCAGAGUAUUACGAAAAGAAGUAUUUAGAUUCCCCAAUGAGAUUUUAUUCUUCAAUGGUGCGCUUUUUGGAAGAAAUGAAACAAAAAAACAGGUGUGGCUUUGAGUUCUGGGAAGAUUUAGACAAAGCUGCAGGAGAAGUCGUAGUUAAAGGCCUUGAAUUCCGUGAGGGAGAUGCAGCCUUAAGUGACUAUGAAAAUGAGACUUCAGAAAGAGAGUUCGUUCUAAUGCUAAUGAAUAUUGUUUCCAAUUUAUAUUCGAAUCCAUUGCCUGACUAUUUGAGAAGGGAACUAGAUGAGUUCAUGUUGACGUCGCUAAAUGACUUUCCUCCAAGUUUUGAGAAUGCUUUGACUAUAGCGACGGAUAAUCUAGAAAGAAACGUGUAUAUUUUUUCAGGUGACGAUGGACCAAUAUACGAUUUUUAUUAUCGGCUGGCCACCAGAAGUUUUAAUGCAAGAUAUUUCCUGGAAUUCCUUCUUUGUUGUACAAGAAGAGCUCUACUCGAGUACUAUGUUGAAUCAAAAAUACAGUCUCCGUUAGUGGCUUUUGAUCGCUUGUGUCUCAUUCUCCAAAAUGCAAAACAAGAAGGCAAGCUUCGUUCUGUGGAAGCCUUGAUCGAAGGUGCGAAUGAGAUUAUCGCGGAUGAGAAAAUGAGAAUGGAAGCUACAGCUGCAAUUAGCGAUGCUUCUACUGAAUUUUUUAGUGACAUUUCUACUGAAAGCACGGGUGGUCGUGAGAGCAUGUUUAAAUCGUUCGAACAAUCUCUACCGACCGUUGAUUCUGAGAAAGCAGUUAGUUGUAAAAACGCUCAAUCAACCAUUGGUAGCUUAGCCCCAUCUACAGGUUAUGCUCAAUCUACCAUUGAUAGCGGAAUUGCUCCAGGCAGAGAUGGUCAAGCAUGCAUAGAGAAGAAAACUACCCCACUUCAAAAUACGCAAAUAAACACUAAGAACGAAACUAUUCUUGAAGCUUUUCUUUCCGCCAUUAAGAAUGCAGUUGCUAAUGAUAAAAAUUCUCAAUUAGCCAUUGAGAACGUGAUUGCUUCUGGUGAAAAUGGUCAGCCAGCCAUUGAAAACGUGAAUACUUCUGGUGAAAAUGGUCAGCCAGCCAUUGAAAACGUGAAUACUUCUGGUGAAAUUGAUAAAGCUGUAAUUGAAAAAAUGAUAGUUUCUGGUGAAAAUGGUCGGCCAGCCAUUGAAAACGUGAAUACUUCUGGUGAAAUUGGUAAACCUGUAAUUGAAAAGAUGAUAGCCUCUGGUGAAAAUGGUCAGCCAGCCAUUGAAAACGUGAAUACUUCUGGUGAAAUUGGUAAAUCUGUAAUUGAAAAGAUGAUAGCUUCUGGUGAAAGUGGUCAGCCAGCUAUUGAAAACUCGAAUGCUUCUGGUGAAAAUGUUCAGCCAGCUACUGAGAAGAUGGUUGAUUCAGGUAAGAAUGGUCAGUCAGCCAUUGAGAAAGUAAUGAUUUUUGGUGACAAUGCUAAAGCUGGUGAUCCUGAAAGCUUGGUUGCUUCUAGUGAAAAGACUUCUAAUGAACGUCCAUGUAGAUGCUGUACAACACUUUAAAAAAUUGUUUAAAGCUCCUCCUUUUAAUCCUUUCUACUGAAGUAAUAUCUUUAUUUAUUUAAUGUAUUUUGAUUUUUAAAUGUUUUAAAAAUUUUCAACUUGAUUAUCUUUAAUGCUUUUUAAUUUUUUAUGUGAAUAAAUGACUGAUUUA